AUGCAUAUCUUUGUCAAGAACCCCACCGGCAGGACAAUCCGGAUCAAGGUCCACUCAUCAGACACCUUGUACACCGUCAAGGCAAAGAUCCAGCAGCAGUACCACCUCGUCUUUGGUGGGUUGCAGCUAGAAGACAACCGUACAUUGGCCGAUUAUGGCAUCGAGCAUGACUCUACGAUUGACCUCCAGGAAAAGAUGCAAAUUUUCGUUACGGAGACGCUGUCAGGCAGGACCAUCGCCCUCGAGGUCGACAGCCUAGACACUAUUAGCAACGUGAAGUCCAAAAUCCAGGACAUGGAGGGCUUUCCCAAGGGCCAGCAGUGCCUCAUCUUCGCCAGCAAACAGCUGGAGGACGACAACCGCACCUUGGCUGACCACAACAUCUGGAAGGAGUCCACCCUCCUCCUUGUCCUCCGCCCAUGUAGGCCAGGAGAAAGUAGGAUGAUGCACCUCUUUGUCAGGACCCUUGAUGGGAGGACCCUGGACCUUGACGUCAGGAGCUCGGACACCAUCAACACUGUCAAGGUGAAGAUCUACGAGAAGGAUGGCACUCCCCCUAUACAGCAGCGCAUCAUCUUUGCUGGCAAGCGGCUGGAGGAUGGCCGCACCCUGGCGGACUACAAGAUUGAGAGCGAGUCUACCGUUGAUCUGGUGCUCCGCCUUUGUGGUUGCUGA